AUGACAGUUUUGAUUCUUAACGUAGGCGCCGAAGUGAAACUGUUACCUUUUGCCAUCACCAUCGCCUGCUUAUAUUGCACGGCACAGGCAGAUGCCGAUUCCACUAUCACCCGCUAUGCAACUCAAUUGAACGUUGAUGGCUCCUACAGUUUUGACAUCGCUCAAUCGAAUGGCGCUGAGCAUCGAGAAGAUGGUGUAGGUGGACAAUAUGCCCAAGGAUAUUUCCGUCACUACUCGCCGGAAGGUAAAUUCGUACAAAUUAUUUACUCGGCCGAUGAGAAUGGCUAUCAACCCCAGUCGGAUGUGCUGCCCACACCACCUCCGGUGCCGGAAUAUAUUCAAAGGGCGAUCGAGUACAUCCGCGCACACCCCACACCCGAAGAGUUAGCCGAUCAGCAAGUGCGUGCACGACAACUUUAGAUUUCUACGAAAAAAGAAAAGUUCAAAGUGUUUCUAUGUAUGAAUGUGUACUUCUACAAAAAUAUUAAGAUUUUACGUGUGAAUUUUUAUAGUAAAAGAAUUGGUGCUAAAAAGUUGCUAUAAAAUAAUUAGUUGGACUUAGGAUG